AUGGAGAAAGAUACCGUUCGCUCCUCAAGACGGCCCAAGCUCCUCACCUAUGACGAGAUCCAAGAUUGGUCGCGAGACAACGAGUUCAUCCACACCGGCUAUCGACCAGAGAAGCCCGAAUACAAGGCCAUCUUCCUCAGUCUGACCUACCUCCACAACGAGACCUGCAACAUAUACACCCACCUGAUCGGCGCGAUAUUGGUAUGGCCUGUCGCAUACAUCUACAUGCGGAUUCUGUCCGAGCCCCAGUACCACGACGUUCUACCGGCGGACUACGUCAUGUUCACCAUUUUCUUCUUCGCUUGCGAGUUUUGUCUGCUCUCCAGUGCUGUCUACCACUUGAUGCAGCCUCACUCGCACAAGGUGGAGCAGUUGUGGCAUGUGAUGGAUCUUACUGGCAUUGCCGUCAUCAUCGCUGGCACAUUCGUUGCGGCUAUUUAUUACUUCUUCAUCUGUCAGCCGGCCUUCCAGAUCUUACACUGGGUCCUUACCAUAGUUUCAGGCUCGGCCUGCGUUGCUCUGAUCUCGAUACCGAAGUUCAGAACGUUGCGCUGGCGCACUCUGAGAGUGAUCGCCUUCUUCCUCUUCGGCCUGUCCGCAUUCGUUCCCUUACUUCAUGGCGUCGGUCUACACGGUCCCAAAUACAUGUUCGAUUACAUGGGAAUGAAGUGGUAUUUGAUAGAGCUUUCGUUGUAUGCAUUCGGCACUCUCAUCUUCGCAACUCGGCCUCCCGAACGGUUCGCUCCGGGCAAGUUCGACUUGUUUGGCAGCUCACAUCAGAUCUUUCACCUUCUCAUAUUGGCCGCGAUGUGGAUCAACUGUCUAGCUCUUACACAAAGUUUUCAGUCGGCGCAUAAAUUGGAUCUAUGCCACUGA